AUGCCUUCAUAUAGUUUGUCUCCAAAUAAUCACUUAAACUAUUGUGUGAGUAAUGUGCACACUCACACUUCACACAAAAACAUUUUCCUGAUAUUAAUACAAUAAAGAAAUAACUCCAAGUACGUCAUUGUCAUCAAUCUAAAUGACGUGCGUGUGUCAGAGGGAGAAGGAGGGAGGGAGAGGGCUGGGGUUGAACGCAUAAGUUAAGACAAGGACUACGGAGAGAACGAGAAGAGGAAACCAAAGUCCGCUCUGCAACCCAAGACAGAGAAAUAGAAGCAUCUUUUACAACUUCAGCAUUUGGCUCAAAAGGCUGCAACAGAAUUCUCCAAAACAGAAAAAUAGAAAAACCACCAGGAAACCAGCAGGAUUGGAAGCAGAGAUCAGAUCUGAAGUGGAGCUCAGCUAAACAGCCGUUAGUGUCAGGACAGGUGAAAAAUGCUCUGGAGAUUGACUCUUGCCGUGGCUGUGGUGUGUGUCGGUGGCAUAUGCAACUGUGUGCAGGCUGAUCUGAUGAGCAGGCUGAUCAUUCCGAGGGACUACGGGGUGAAACUGUGCGGGAGAGAGUUCAUCCGAGCAGUGAUUUUCACCUGCGGCGGCUCCCGGUGGAGACGGUCCACAGAGGGGGACUUAGAUCCCUUCCAGUGGAGUUCCCUCAGUGACGUUACAGUGGAGGACAACCAGCACACCUGGCAACCCGGCGCAGAGCUCACAGAUAACCCCUCUCCUCACCGCAUUGCCUCUGCUUACUCCCUGGCAGACCUCCUGGCCCUAUACGGGCAGCAGCAGUCGCUGAGUGACCCAGCCCUGCUCGAGACGUCUGAGCUGUCCACAGCCGAGCGAGACGCGAAUCCAGCCACGGCUAACAGGCCCAUACCGAGCAAGGUGAAGAGGAACUUUUCUCUGGGUGUGGCAGGGAAGUGCUGUAACCAGGGGUGUACCAAAAAUGACAUCGGACGCUUGUGCUGAGGCAGGGAGGCGAGGGCGGGGG